AUGUCGUCCACCACCACAGCCGUGCGGAAGCGCAAGACCUUCUCCCCGCUCAUAUACGAAACCAUCCAAGAGCCCGUGCUGCUUCGAGAGCUCCUGGUAGACGACAUAUACCUCCUUGGCGGGCAGUUCGCCAUCCUCUGCCAGUUUGCGCAUCCCGGCCUCGCAAAGGGCAGCUACCUCCAUUCCAGCUUCGCCUCGCGCAUCCCGCAGCGGCUCCAGAACACGGCGCGCUUCCUCAACGCCGCCGUCUACGGGACGCCCGACGAGAAGAGGGCCGUCUUCUCCGUCAUCCACGGCUACCACACGCACGUCAAGGGCGACGGGUACGACGCCAACGACCCGGAGCUGCACAAGUGGACGGCCGCCACGCUCUUUGUCGCCCUCGUCGUCGUGCAGGACGCCUUCUUCGGCGGCUUCACCGACCGGCAGAUGGAGCUGCUGUACCGCGAGUCGGCCGUGUACGGCACGUCGCUGCGCAUGCCGCCCGACAUGUGGCCGGCCACCUUGGACGACUUCUGGGCCUACUGGAACCGCAACAUCGAGACGCUCGACGUCACCGACAUGGCGCGCAAGCUGUGCCGGGACCUGCUGUAUCCCACCAAACUGCCCCUGCGCAUGCGCGCCUUGCUCCCGCUGGCGCGCGUCAUGACGGUCAACUUGUUGCCCGAGAGGCUGGCCAGGGAGUAUGGCCUGGUGCCCACCACGCUGAGUUGGCUGCAGUAUCAGGCUGUCGUGCGCACAACGAGGCUCGCGUGGCCGUUGCUGCCGCAGAGGGUGACGGGGGCUAUGCAUGCCGAGUUCAUGGAGGAUUUGAAAAAGGCCGUGGAUAGGAUUGAGAGGACGGGGCACUGGUCGUAUGAGUCGAGGCUGUAA